UCUCCUUCCCUUCUCCAGCCAGACAAACAGUUAAACCCUACACACAACCGCUUCUCUUUUGAAUUAUUCACUUUCACUUUUGUCCCAUUUUCUUCAAUCGGGUCUCGCUGGAUUCAGAUUCUUCCUCAUCACUUCAUAUCCAAGUAGCGUGCUUCGGUUAGUUAUUGAUUAUGGCAAACGACGAGCUUGUGAAGCCUGAGAACCCUCACUCGUCGUUCAGACAAGAUCACUUCACUGGAAUCCGACACAACUUUGAGCUGUUUCCUACUCACGACUACAACUCCGCAUUCGAACAGCUGCUCGAUAUCAACCUCCAGAUCGGUGCUGCUCCCUACGAAGAAAACGAGGUCUGGAACCAGUUCCAAGAACACAAAGCCACAGCUCUUGAAGACUCAAUGAUUCAUCACAACGAUGACUCUGUAACUGAAGCCACGGGAGCGAGACAGAAGCAAGAGAUUGAUGAUAACUUAGACUUGGCUCCUUCUAGCUCGCAAUGCUGGUCUAUUCCCGGUAUGGAUGUUGGUAAGGAGUUUCAGGACGCCAAAGCCUGUAGAAAAUCGCUGCGAGAAGCAGCGAUCUCUCAGCGUUUCGAGAUGCAAACGAUUAAAUCCGACAAGACACGCUUCACCGCGAAGUGCAUGUCCCAAGGCUGCCCUUGGAGGAUCCACUGCGCCAAGCUUCCUAAAGCUCCAACUUUUACGAUAAGAACCAUUCACGGAACUCACACUUGCCGUGGAGUUCCGCAUCUCGGUCAUCAGCAAGCCACUGUUCAGUGGGUUGCUGAUACCGUUGCCGAAAAGGUGAAAGAGAAUCCUCAUUUCAAACCGAAGCAGAUACUGGAAGAGAUUCAUAAAACUCACGGGAUCGCGUUGUCUUACAAGCAAGCGUGGAGAGGGAAAGAGCGGUUAAUGGGGAGGCUACGCGGCUCGUUUGAAGAAGAGUAUCGUCUCCUUCCACAGUACUGCGAAGAAAUCAUGAGAGCAAAUCCAGGGAGUUUAGCUGUUGUUCACGCGAAUCCUAAAGAUGAGAGGUUUCAACAAGUGUUUGUAUCCUUCAAAGCGUCGGUCACCGGCUUUUUAACUGCCUGCCGUCCUCUCAUCGCUCUCGACAAGGCGGUUUUAAAGAGCAAGUAUCCGGGGACGUUGCUCGUUGCUAGCGGAUUUGACGGAGACGGAGGCGCGUUACCGUUGGCUUACGCUGUAGUCAACGAAGAUAACGGUACCAACUGGUAUCAGUUCCUCGCGGAGCUUCGUAAAAGUCUUGAAAUGAACUGUGAAAGUGUACGGAAGCAGCUUACUAUAAUCUCCACCAUGGAGAAAGCUGUUGUUGACGGUGUAGAGUCUAACUUCCCAAGAGCUUUUCACGGCUUAUGCGUUCUUCAUCUCGCGGAAAGGUUCAGUAAAGAGUUUCACAGCUCGGCUCUCGAGAGCCUUCUCUGGGAGGCUGCGCAUUCUCCCACCGUCCUCGAGUUCAAUUCAAAGCUCAACAGCAUCCAGCAGAUAUCUCCGGAGGCCUUUUUAUGGAUACAGAACAUCUCUCCUUCUCUGUGGGCGUCGUCGUGCUUUGAAGGAACGAGGUUCGGGCAGUUAACAGCGAAUGUGGUCGCCGAGUCGCUAGAGAGAUGGGUCGAAGAUGUCUCUGGUCUCCCUAUCAUCCAGACGAUGGAGUGUUUCCACCGCCGUUUGAUGGAUAUGUUUAAAGAGCGCCGCGAAGCGAGCUUGCAUUGGUCUUCUGAUGUGCUUGUUCCUUCUGCUGAGAGUCGAAUGCUUGCGGCUAUAGCCAAAUCUCGCUGCCACCGAGUUUACAGAGCGAACGAGGCUGAGUUUGAAGUCAUGGAUAGUGAAGGUAACGUUGUUGUGGAUGUAGAAAAACGUUCUUGUUUGUGUGGACGUUGGGAGGUUUACGGUUUGCCGUGUAGCCACGCCGUUGGAGCGCUCUUGUCUUGCGGAGAGGACGUUUACGAGUACGCGGAGAGUUGUUUCACCAUGGAGAGUUACAGAAGAACUUAUGCUGAUUCUAUAGAGCCUGUUUCGGAUAAUGUUGAGUGGAGAGAAAAGGUUUUAAAGAUAGAAGGUGGUGGAGAUGGGAUAAGAACGCCAAAGGUUACAGGAGGUGCUCGGAAGGGGAGGAGGAGGAUAAGACCAGUGGAUAAUGGUGAUCGUGUGAAGCGUCUGGUUCAUUGUAGCCGGUGUCAACAGACGGGUCAUUUCAGGACAACUUGUAUUGCUCCUAUGUAACAUUAGUCUUCUUCCUUUGUCGAGUGUUUAAAAUAGGUUUUAGGACAUUAUUUGGUUGAGGAUGUUUCGAUUUCUCGGUCAAUGACUUGACCCUCUGUAUCUAUGAUAUUGAGUUUCUCCAUUGCC